AUGGAUACCAAGUCGUGGUUCAAGGAUCUCACGCCUUAUUUUGUCUACAUUCUCCUCGUGUCCACUAUCGGCCCUCUACUCUUCGGUUUCCAUCUUGCAGAGUUCAAUGCCCCUCAAUCUGUUAUAACAUGCGAGAAAAAGUCCAUCUCAUCGGCAGUCGUCCCAAGUCUCCCGCAAUGUAUUCCUAUGGACUCGACCCAGUUUGGCUUGGUUUCAUCCAUCUUCACCUUGGGGGGUCUUCUCGGUGCUCUUAGUGCAGGUCCUCUCUCAGCUCGUUAUGGCCGCUACAAGUCCAUGCUUUUCAGCACCAUUCCCUUUGUCGUCGGUCCAAUCUUUGAGGUCCUCGCUACCGACAUUCCUCUUAUGACCAUUGGACGAUUCAUCAGCGGUCUCGGCGCCGGUGCUUCUGUUGUCAUUGCACCCAUCUUCAUCUCCGAGGUCGCUCCUCCUCACGAGAAGGGCUUCUUUGGCGCUUUCACCCAGAUCAUGAUCAACAUGGGCAUCUUCAUUGCACAGCUGCUUGGUCUCUUCUUGAGUAAAGGCUCGCUGUGGCGAAUAAUCCUCGCCGCUGGUGGAGCUAUUGGUGCCGUUCAAGCCGUCGGGCUAUUCCUUGGUGGCCAAGAGAGUCCAAAGUGGCUUGCUGAUCAUGGCAAAGAAAGACAAGCAAAACGAGUCCUGCGCAAGCUCAGAGGCCACAAAGCCAACAUCGACGAUGAGGUCAAAGGCUGGGGAGUCGAGAGCUCGCAAGAUAUGGAAGAUGAGGAAGACAGUCUUCUGUCAAACCAAGACCGCAUGCCUGCGGGCGGUAUCGAACAAAGCGGACCCUCCUCUAAUGCCUCGGCAAGCAAAAAGACCAAGGAAGCUUUCGAAGCGCUUGGUGCCCUUGCUGUCCUCAAGAAUCCUGACUCUCGCCCUGCCGUCAUUGCAGUUGUUGUCAUCAUGAUCGGACAACAGCUUUGCGGUAUCAACUCAAUAGUCAUGUAUGGCGUCUCUUUACUUUCGGAUCUGCUCUCGGCGAACGCUGCCUUGCUCAACGUCCUGGUUGCAGUCUUGAACAUCGUCGUAACAACAUCCUGUGCCCCCUUGACUGACAAGCUUGGUCGCAAGGCCUGUCUUCUUGCAAGUAUCUUUGGCAUGGGUGUGUCUUCCUUGCUCUUGACCAUUGGCAUUAUGAGGCACAUCCCUAUUCUGUCAGCUAUCACAGUCUUGACCUUUGUGGCAUCCUUCGGUUUAGGCCUUGGACCUGUACCCUUUAUACUUUCCUCGGAGCUUGUUGGACCUGAUGCUGUUGGCGCGACUCAGAGUUGGGCUUUGGCAGCCAACUGGAUUGCCACUUUUGUGGUUGCCCAGUUCUUCCCCAUCGUCAACGAGAAACUUGGUGGUGGUAAGGUUUAUUUCAUCUUCGCCGCUUUCGCUGCAUUCUUGGCUGGCUUCGUGUUCUGGGCAGUGCCCGAGACCAAGGGUAAGUCUGAUGCCGACGAGGUUUGGGGUCGUAAGCCUGGCAGAGCUGUCGAUUGA